GACCGGACGGGCUUCACCUUCAAAUACAGGGAUGAGCUUAAACGGCACUAUAACCUGAGUCAGUACUGGGUGGAGGUGGAGAUGGAAGACUUGGCCAGCUUUGAUGAAGAUCUCGCUGACUAUCUGUACAAGCAACCAGCAGAGCACCUGCAGCUGUUGGAAGAAGCAGCAAAAGAAGUCGCAGAUGAGGUCACCCGUCCUCGUCCUUCAGGGGAGGAAGCUCUCCAAGACAUCCAGGUCAUGCUGAGAUCAGAUGCCAACGCAGCCAACAUCCGCAGCCUGAAGUCUGACCAGAUGUCCCACCUUGUGAAGAUCCCUGGGAUCGUAAUUGCAGCAACCCCUGUGAGAGCCAAAGCCACCAAAAUAGCCAUCCAGUGCCGCAGCUGCCGCAACACCAUCAGCAACAUUGCGGUGCGCCCAGGCCUGGAGGGUUACGCUCUCCCCAGGAAAUGCAACACAGAACAAGCCGGCCGCCCGAAGUGCCCACUGGACCCCUAUUUCAUCAUGCCGGAUAAGUGCAAGUGUGUGGACUUCCAGGUCCUGAAGCUGCAGGAGUCCCCGGAUGCCGUGCCGCAUGGGGAGAUGCCCCGGCACUUGCAGCUGUACUGUGACAGGUACCUGUGUGACAAAGUUGUUCCAGGGAACAGAGUCACUAUCAUGGGCAUCUACUCCAUCAAGAAGUCUGCCCAGAGCAAGAACAGGAGCCGUGACAACGUGGGUGUGGGCAUCCGAAGUGCUUACAUCCGUGUGGUGGGCAUCCAGGUGGAUGUGGAGGGCUCAGGACACAGCUUCGCUGGCUCAGUGACUCCUCAAGAAGAGGAGGAACUUCGUCGCCUUGCUGCCAUGCCCAACAUCUAUGAGACGAUCGCCAAGAGCAUCGCGCCCUCCAUCUAUGGCAGCACUGACAUCAAGAAGGCCAUUGCCUGCCUCUUAUUUGGAGGCUCUCGCAAGAGGCUCCCAGAUGGACUGACCCGCAGAGGAGACAUCAACUUACUGAUGCUGGGUGACCCUGGCACGGCCAAAUCCCAGCUGCUGAAGUUUGUCGAGAAAUGUUCGCCCAUUGGGGUAUACACCUCUUUUGCCGGCUUGACGGCCUCCGUGAUCCGUGACCCUUCCUCCAGGAGUUUCUUCAUGGAGGGAGGAGCCAUGGUGCUGGCAGAUGGAGGAGUGGUGUGCAUCGAUGAGUUCGACAAGAUGCGGGAGGAUGACCGCGUGGCCAUCCACGAGGCAAUGGAGCAGCAGACCAUCUCCAUUGCUAAGGCAGGAAUCACAACCACACUCAACUCCCGCUGCUCAGUGCUGGCAGCUGCCAACUCUGUCUUUGGGCGCUGGGAUGAGACCAAGGGCGAGGAGAACAUUGAUUUUAUGCCCACCAUCCUGUCCCGAUUUGACAUGAUCUUCAUUGUCAAGGAUGAGCACAACGAGGAGCGAGAUAUGACACUGGCCAAGCACGUGAUGUCCUUACACGUGAGCGCCUUGACACAGACCCAGGCUGUGGAGGGUGAGAUCGAGUUGAACAAGCUGAAGAAGCUCAUCUCCUUCUGUCGAACGAGGUGUGGCCCUCGGCUGUCAGCAGCGGCGGCGGAGAAGCUGAAGAACCGCUACGUCCUGAUGCGGAGCGGCACUCGCCAGCACGAGCAGGAGAGCGACCGCCGCUCCAGCAUCCCCAUCACCGUCCGGAGACUGGAGGCCAUCGUGCGCAUUGCUGAGUCCCUGGGGAAGAUGAAGCUUCAGCCCUUCGCCACUGAGGCAGAUGUUGAAGAGGCCUUGAGGCUCUUCCAGGUGUCCACGCUUGAUGCAGCCAUGUCAGGCAGCCUGUCAGGGGCAGAAGGCUUCACGACACAGGAGGACCAAGAGAUGCUGUCCCGCAUUGAGAAGCAGCUCAAGCGCCGCUUCGCCAUUGGCUCUCAGGUGUCAGAGCACAGCAUCAUCCAGGUCUUCGUGCGGCAGAAAUACCCAGAACAUGCCAUCUACAAGGUGCUGCAGCUGAUGAUGCGGCGGGGGGAGAUCCAGCACCGCAUGCAACGCAAAGUCCUCUACCGCAUCAAGUGA